UUGCUGCUGCUGCUGCUACUGCUGCUUCUUUUGGAAAAUCUUUUCCUCACCAACAAUGGGAAGUUGAGAAAUAAACACUGCAGCAAGCAAAAUCUGUGUAAUAUAACAGUUGCAGAACAGACUGCUGUGGGGGUGUGGAAGGGGAAAACCAACUUUCAUUUUUAUUUUUUUGUCCCAAUCAUGGUCUGUAUAACAAGGUGGGAUCAUACAGCUCAGCAUGUGAUGGCUAUUCAAAAGUUGACUCCAUGGCAGCUCUAAUCAUGUGGAAGUUCAGUCACUGACUACAUGAUGAAUCAAGCCUGCCUGCACUUGACUACAUGAUGAAUCAAGCCUGCCUGCACUUCCUAAUGACGGAAAGCAGUGUUCAAUAUGAAAUUAUUGAGCUUAGCAGAGAGCAAGUCUUGCCUGAAGCUUCACUUCUUCUGCAAAGGGACAGGAAAUAUGAAAUGGGACAGCCAGGAUCCAAAGAUCACGUAGGCCGAAGUUUAUCAACUCUUGACAAACAGUAAAUUAGAGGCUUGUGAUGGAGCUGUUGCCACGAGUACCCUGAAUUGUCAGAAGGUUGGACAUUUGGGCAAGUUGCUGCCUCUAUGCUACCAGGUUUUUGCAGCAUAGACAUUGCUCCCUCUGUCUGGAACAGCUCUGCAGGGCUUUUUUUCCCUCCUCCUCCUUGCUUCUCAUGCUUGAUUAUUUCCUGACUCUGCAGUGGGAUGGGUCUGCUGCAAAAGAUUCUGGUUCUUUUUGCAGGACUGAUCUUGGCCUUCUUUUUUUAUUCGGGAAAUGAAGACUUUAAGCCGGAAAUGCUGAAAGGGAAGCGUGUGAUUGUUACUGGGGCAAGCACUGGAAUCGGUGAGCAGAUGGCAUACCACCUGGCACGCAUGGGCUCCCACAUACUGAUCACUGCGCGAACAGAAGCCAAGCUCCAGAAAGUGGUUGCUCAGUGCUUGGAGCUGGGGGCAGCAUCUGCCAGCUACAUAAAUGGCAGCAUGGAAGACAUGGCAUUCGCUCAGUCUGUGGUGAAGAAAGCAGAGGAAUUGUGGGGAGGUCUCGAUAUGCUUAUUCUGAAUCAUGUUAGCCCUGCCUUCUUAAGCUAUUUCAACAGUGAUGUUGCGUAUAUGCAAAAGGUCCUGAAUAUCAAUUUCUUAAGCUAUGUGACCAUGACAGUUGCAUCUCUUCCCAUGCUUAAGAACAGCGGAGGAAGCAUCGUAGUGGUUUCAUCCUUGGCAGGCAAAGUUGCAUUCCCAUUCACUGUUUACUAUUCUGCAACAAAAUUUGCCCUGGAUGGGUUUUUCAGCUCCUUGAGGCAAGAAUUUGCCAUGAAGAACACCAACGUUUCCAUCACACUCUGCGUCCUUGGACUCAUCGAUACAGAAACGGCCAUGAAAGCAAUUUCUGGAGUGGUCCAGAUCUCUGCAGCACCAAAGGAGGAAUGUGCACUGGAAAUCAUUAAGGGAGGAGCCCUGCGCCAAAGGGAGAUUUAUUAUGAAUAUUUAUCUACAAGAAUCCCUUUAUUGAUCCGGGACUGGGCUCCAAAUCUCCUGGAUUAUAUCAUUCAGAGGAAUUAUAAUGUUGAAAAACUGAAAGAUUAACUGCUCUUUAGCUUUUCUUAUUUUAUAUAUUAGCCACAUUGAGUCCCUGUCAGGGAAAAAGGCGGGGUAUAAAUAAAUAUAAUAGCACCUAGAACUUAAGAGCACUGAGAACUUAGUGCACUUGGAAAUAAAGCUCUGCCCAAAUUUCAGAUUUGGCACCCACAUACAAAAAUCAAAUGUGAAAAUUUGAAGUCUUUGGGGUUCAUUUUUGACAGAGCUAGUUUUGCUGAUAAAAAGGUAAAGUUAUAGGUCUGUAUCCAAAGAUGUCACUCAACCGACUGUAAGUCUUCCAUUGACAGAGGAGGGAAGGGAGCGCUUUUUAUGACAGCACCCCCUCCCAAUCUGCAUUCCCCCUCCCAAUCUGCUGUGAGACCCUUCAGAGUAGAUUUAGGGAGGCAUGGGGAUUAGAAGAAGGAAAUUGAUUUCCUUACUAUAUCACUUAUGGAAGCCUUGUUGUCAGUUGAGAAACGACGAUUGAUACAUCCCAUGAGGUUUUGCACUUUAAAAAAUAAACCAACAGAGAAACACUGUACUACCUAAAUCCAUAUUUGAAAAUGUUGUAAAAAAAUGUGUCAGGGAAAUAUAAAGUUGAUUUCUUGCAAGAAAUUGUCUCCAAAAUUUUAGCUCUAGCUGCCCAGAAUGGGUACAAGGAGACGUAAAAUUAAAGCUAUAUGUAAAUAUGUCUUUAUAUUGCUUUCCCUCCAGAAAAAAAGACAUUAUUUCGUUUUUAAAACCUGAUCUUUAAAGUUAUAACAUACAUAUUAUGCUACUGAUUUUAUUAAGGGAUGGUUUUGUAUUUAUGGCCUUUUAAGCAAUGUUUUUUGUGCAUCCAAUGGCUCCCCCAUCUGGUGGAUUAGAUUCACAGGCAUCACAUUGAUCUGAACACAUGCCAGCGAGCUGAAACUAGGGCAUGGCAGCUCUUGAAACCAUGCUGUGCUUUAAUAUAUUGCUUCUGCGUAAGAAUUGUCUACUUUUAAAACUACUGUUAUAUAA